UAUAUAUAACUACCCUUUUCUUCCAUCACAUCUCUUUGUUCCAAUCUCAAACAAGUUUCACACACACUACACCAAAAUAUCACAAUUCUUGAAUUUCCAUCUUUUUAUUGACUGAGAGGCAAAUUAAAUGUCACAUAUGUUCAACCCAUUAUUUAUCUGUGGAAGCUCUCAAGCCCAUGAAGAUCUGGAAGAUGAAAUGGACUGUUUAAGCCCUAAGAGAUCAAAGAAAGGAAACAGCAAUAGUAAGAACAACAACCCAUAUGCCAAUCGCGGCCUCGACAAGUUCUCUGCUCUCUUAGCUGAAAUCCAAGACAAGAAACAGAAGAUCUACACGCAGGUUGGUGCCGAUGAAAUCUCCAUCGUCCGAUUCGUCUUCUCGUCCAACUCCAACCAUGUCAAGCCCAUCGUCGUCAAGUUGAAGGGUGGGAAUACCAAGAAAGAAAACACGCCGGCGAGAAGAUCCGGCGAUUCCGGCGAAAGAAAUAAUGAUGAGGAUGAUGUUAUUAAAGAUGCUCAGUCGACGGUCAAAGAAACUGGGCGUUGCUCAAAGAGAAAGUUCACAAAGACUGUUUCUUGGAAGAAGAUGACUUGGGAAGACUGGAAGAAUCCGAGGUUUUAUAUGCCGUUGACCUUAAUACUGAUUCUUGUUUUUCUGGCGGUUUACGGCCGGACGUUUGCGAUUUUGUGUACGUCUAUUGGGUGGUAUGCGAUCCCGGCCAUCAAAGAAAAGCGUGAGCGGCCGGAGACGGUGGGGAGGAGGAAAAGGAAGGAAUAUGUGAGAAGAUUGAGCGAAAAGAAUGUUGUUGUUGGAAGGGAAGGGCGGCCGGAAAAUAGUGAAAUUGGUUCGCCUUCUUCUCCCAGGAGUGUUUUACGGUCGCCGUCGGGAAACCAUCAUCACCGGAAAAGCUUUUGAUAUACCCGAAUGAUGACUGAGUACCAUCAGCUGAGCUGGCAACCUUUAUUAAGGUUUUCCAUUUCUUUUCUUUAGCCUAAUUUUUAAAGGUUGACUUCCCGGGCUCCGAGUCCCGACCCGACAAUCAUCGACUCGAGUAUACGAGAGAUCGUUGACCAAAGAUGACUCACAAAAUCUAAGAUCCAUGAAAUAUCACAAAUGACAUAAUUGUUGCGAGUUUCAAUCCUCGAUAGAUAUUGUAAAUUUUUUCACUUAUCUGCAUGGGCGGACCGUAGUAGAGACGUAGUGUAUAUUUAUACGAAAAAUAAUUUUUGCUCUUCCAAAAAGUAUUUUGAACCCCCAAAAAUAUUUUCGCCCCCCCAAAAUGACUUUCCUGUGUCCGCCCCUGCUUAUCUGUACAUAAUGCGAAAAAUAUAUGCAUAU